GAAGCUGGAGGAGCACUCCGUCUGUCCGUGUAGUCAGUAUGCAUUUGGAUGUGUGUAUGUGUGUGAGUGUGCGUGUGUGCGUGUCUGAAUGCGAACAAGUUGAUAUUAUUUUUAAUUUCGCGAACAUCUUUGAAUUGAGCGUUGGAAGUAACGGUGAGUCAGACCGGUGUGAGGCAAAGAAACAGACUUACAACCAAGUCCGGAGCGUCCAAUGAACUCGAAAAUAACAAGUUUGCUACGUAGAGCUCCUGAAAAGCAGCCACAUCUACGCAGUUUUACGCUUUUCGGGUUGUCUCCUCUGACACUACGCUAACUUGAAGCUGCAGCCUGCAUCUGCUCGUCCUGUUGCUGUUUGUAUUGUAAUUUUUUUAAGUGGUUAGCAGUUUGCAGUCAAGUGAUAGUCCGUGUGCCUUUCUUUAAAUGUGUACAAUCGCCCAUGAAGUAACAGUGAACGCCACUUCACACCAAGUAAUAAGAAUUGUAGGGGAUAAGCCAUAAACUACGCAGAAAAAAUGCUAAAGACGCUCACGAAAAAACUGAGAAGACACUCACUCAAUGAGAUACAUCCUUUCCAACUCAAGGUAAGUUUGACUCAUUGAAUUGUAAUAUACUGUAAAUAUUCUGUCUUGUAUAAACAGGUAAGCUGUGUUUGUGUCAGUAAACUCUGCACUUAAAUUCCCAGAAGUCCACACUGUAAGAAAUGAGCUUGUUUGUGAACAGCGUGCCUUUACUUUUGUCUUGUGACUUGCUCAUUUGAAGGCCAGUUGACUGCGCAGCUUACAGACUGUAACCUUGCUUGAACAGGGUUAUAGUGAGUUCAUUACACUCUCUCUCUUUCUCUUUCUCUUUUCCUUACACACGCACACGCGCAAACACACACAGUUAUUACACUAUUACUCAGAUAGGACGCCACAGUACAGGUUCCCAGCCUGUGGUAGCUAUUUCUGAUGAACACAUUUGGAUUUAGAGUGACUUUUACAUGUUUUAGUGUGAUAUAUUGUUGUGACACUUGAUUCAUUACAGUAUCUGGCAUAAUCCAACACAAAAGCUGUUGAUCAACAAGAUGUUCCCCUAUAUCUAUAGGAGUGUCACAUCAUUCAAACAAAACACUAACAACAUAAAACUCUAUUUUGUUAUCCAAACUUUUUUUUUCAGCCCAAAAGCUGCACAUUAUGGUAUUGUGAGGCUUCAGGAUACUGUAACAGGAAAACUCCACAUUGUUUAUAAUAAUACAAUACAGAAAUAAAACAGUCUGCCACUGGACAAAAAAAAAAAAACACCCACAAUUGCACAAUAACACAUGUCUCUAACCUGUGUCUGCCAGAAAAUCUCAGAAAUACACAUCUUUAACACAAUCUAGGCAUUUGUUCUGGCUUUCAACCUGUAGCUGUCAGUGUUUUGCAGCAUUAAAAAAACUGGCAGAAGUGGAACAUAAUGUUCAAAAGUAUGUUUAAAUAGUGCAAAAUCACCUGAAUGCAAAAUAUUAUUCUGAUUUAACCUAAAAUGAACCUUCCGGAACUACACAUGGUGCAGGUACCCUUCUUGUACGGCCAUUUUCUCCAGUAUGGACAAAAAAGAAGCGGCUGUUUUGGUUUUUUGAUUGAGUGGGUGACUAAGCAAAAUGCACCAGUUAUAAGACAAAUAUGAAAGUGCAUUAAAUAGUUGUAUGUCAGGCAUAAGAGGAGUUUUUUUGUCCUCAAAGGCCACCAUUGGUUCUUAAAUGGUAGGGGUGAGCAAGGUAGCAUUUGUAAUCUAGAGUCUGGUCUCAAGAUAUCGCUAAGUAUUUCUACACACUAUACCUUUUGUUGAUAGUAAAGUGAGAUAAAAACAGCUAAAAACAAGCUAAAUAGAAUAAGGUUAGUGGUAACUCAGCUAGCAGUCCCUCGAGAAAUGCUGCAGUUUCAGGGAAAUAAACAAGAGACAAAGAUUUGGGGCCAGUAUUGAAAAAAAUAGUGAUUAAUUUAACAAUCUUGUAAUACUGGUGCUGAUUAAUCCCUCAUCAUUGUAACUGAGGAAGUGUGAUCGUACAAGAUUGUUUUAUUAUCAACUUCAGAUUGAGUCACAGAAUUAGGGUCACUUUGAGCUUCUGUGCUUCCCUAACUUUUGUCAGCAGCACAACACAUGAAGAGGGGCUGCAGGCUGAGCUGCUGUCCACAAAAGCUCUCCCCUUUGAGCUUAAGUUAGCUUCUUUCAGUGUCAGGAUUCAGUCAGUAAUAACUGCUUGUGAGGGUUUUACUUAGAGCUGCAAGGUUUCUUCCCUUUUACAGAAGAAAAAAGAAAAGUUUAAGUAGUUUUUCAUGUAAAUCAUCUUAUUUUCAACGCUAUGUGGUGGGUUUUAUAAGUCUGUAGGGGGCUGCUAGCUGAGCUAAACUUCUUCCUUUGGAGAAAAUGGCUGGAAGGAUUUCUUGCAGCUGGGAGUGGGCAUAUUGUCAAACAUACAGUUCACAUACAGGCAGAAAGACUUACUAAUGUUUGCACUAUACCCAACUUGAAUAUAAUGUAUGAAGUAAAAGUUAUCCAGAAGUUAUCUCUGUCAUUAAAAUUUACUUUUAAUGGGGGGUCAUUUAAUCACCCGGCCAGCUUAAGUUUCAUAGUGAAAGUAGCUUUUUGCUGUUGUUGUUGCUGUUGUUAUGGUGGAAAAUAGUUGGUAAUAAAAACUUGUUUAAACUAUUUGAUCAAACAUUACAGCAGUAAACUUUUUAACCAGCUCCAGCAUCUACAUCUUUACCCUCCAGUCCUCCAAGACAGAGUCCAUGCUAAGUGCUUCCCAAUUGUUCCCGCCUGCUCACUUUGCCUCCAUUCAGGGAGUCGAGGGGUGAAUUGUAUCCUGUAUGGGUCACUAACUCACUCCGUCCACAACAAUAUUGAGUGUCAACCAACUGCAUAGUCGCAUGGCAGCCAUUUUGUGCCAAAUUGCCCCCCCCCCCAAAAAAAAAAAAAAAGGGUCUGAGGAAGCAGGGCAAAGUGUGCCAUCCCUGUUGUCUGCUUAGUUGCUUUGUUUGUGUCUCUGCUCAUUGGUGUGGUUCCUUCUGCUCUAUGUGGUUAGUGUGAUGGAAAAAUCAAUGGUGACUAGUUUGUGUUUGACUGCUUACUCUCUUGACUACUUUCUGUGGUUUGUGCUUUAAACAAACUAUCGUGGUGGGACUUUCAGAAUGAUUCAUAAUCACAUUAUCUGAUGAUCUGCAAAAUACAAAACUCAUCUGAAAUGUUGAAGUGAAGGAUUUGUGGUUUUCUCUUUUCAUUGCACUUUAGUUCCACUGUGGUGAAACAUGUUUUCAAGGGUGUAAAUCAGAUUUAUAGGAAGUGUUGAAAAACUUGAAAAUUAUUAAAAGAAUGCAGAUUUAUUCAUCAGAAAGGCAGAUUUGGAAAUAAAAACAUACUUCAGUGUGACAAAAUACAAACCUGUUUGCAAACAAAAGCUGAAAUUUGUGGUAACUGUAUAACUGUGCAGGAGUCCACCCAGUGGGGUGGACUCCUGCACAUCACAUUAAACUGUGAAACCCGCUGACCAGAUGAGUGUCUCCCAUCAAUUCUUCUGACUAGCCAUAAGUUCUGUCAUAGAUUUUUAUGUCUUUUUUUUAUUUUGGCAAGUUUAAUUUUGGGCAUAAGCCAAAAACUAAAAUACACUUAGAUACUCAAUAAUCAAGAAAAAGAACUAAAACUAAAAUACAGCUCAAAUACAGCGUAGAUACUCAAUAAUCCCAAAAAAGUAAAAAAACUAAAAUACAGUUAGAUACUCAAAUUAAGAAAUAGUACAAAAACUAAAUUACACUUAGAUACUCAAUAAUCAACAAAAAGAACUAAAACUAAAUUACACUUAGAUACUCAAUAAUCAAGAAAAAGAACUAAAACUAAAAUACAGCUCAAAUACAGCUUAGAUACUCAAUAAUCAAGAAAAGAAAAUCAGUGUAAACACAAUUGAACAGAUAAAUUAUUAGCCAAUCAGAAAAGGGGUUGACUGAGGUUAAAGCUUAUUCUGCCCACCUUUUUGGAUAAUGUACACACCGCAUAAGAAACCCUGUACUAUAUAACAUAACAAAAAUACAAUAUGACAUUAAAAUGUCUUUUAAUGUCUUGACAAUAAGAAAAUAACCAAGACAUUCCUAUCUAACCAAGUAGUAGGACAAGUCAGCCUGAGGAUUAAUCAUUGUCCCAGAUAUUGGCCUUCAUUUCAAGCUGGCUAGGUGAAAUAGCCGGACUGACUAUUCUGCUCAGAAUUGUCCUGAUUUGAACCUGUGAAGUGCACAUAUUUCUCAUAGGACUGGCUGGAGGACAUGAAGACAUUGGCAGUAGCAAAUGUCCUUUGAAAAAUUAUCAUUUAACCACAAGAAAUACAUUAACUCAGAAGCUGAUGGCCACAGGAGCUGAGUUUGCAGCCCUGAUGAAGAAUAUCAGCGAGGCAGAAGGUGUGAUGGGUCAUUAUAAGUGGGUGUAUUUGGUGCAGAGUCAGGGGUCUGAAAGCUGUGUGAGCGACAAGACUGGAUGGACUCCUGUUUGAUCUCACCUACCAAAACAAUUGACGAACAAGUUAGCGAGCAGCUAACUGGUUGUAUAUGCAAAAGUAAAAACAGGGGAACUUAACAGCUCUGCAGCUUUUGUGUGUUUGAUAAAACUACUUUGCAACUUUUACUUUCCCCACUUUGUCUUCUGUUCAGGUUUUGGUAACUACCCUGCUUCCUCAUCACACUGAUACUGUUCCAUUUCCAGGUCAAAGCCUGGCAUGUGCACUGGGGAGCAUGCACAGUACACCAUGGCCAGUUUGGGUCCAGUUGAAGCGUAUACAUGCAGAGAAAAUUAAUCUCCAGGUUCAGGGUUAUCAUGUUUGUUAGUCUGAUUAAUAGGAAUUCGAUUCAAUAAUUGUACUGACUGACUCAAACCAGUUUCCAAAGGGAUGCCCAGAUUUUGCAGCUGUACCAAGUUGCACCCCUAGAAACUGCAGGAAAUUUUCAAGAGACACCCUCCUUAGAUAGACAGAAGAUUUCAAACCGGAUAAAUGUCCCUUAAAUUAAACUGAAAGUAAGUAAAUUUAGUCAGUUUGUAACCACUUCUUUGUUGUUACCUAAGUUUCCCUUUUAGAGAUCAAUAGAAACUUAUCUAACCUUCUCUUUUUCACAAGUCACUCUGAUAAUAUUUGAGUUUGAAGUCUGUUUCUGUGCUCACCGGAUCGAGGACUGAGUGGCCUUUGCGGGAUCCUGAAAAAGAGGCUGAAUGUCUCUUCGGGCCAUGUAUCCCCAGAGCUUAAACACUGAUCAUGACUACUUACUGGUGCCACACUGUGGGUCUGAUUAACUGCAGUGAGAGAGGAGGACAACCGACCAUCACUAACCCUGUGAUGAGUGUUUUCAAUGAGCGGGGGAAUGAAGUGUGACAGUGUCCAUGUCAGUGUGUGAGGACAGAGCAAAGCUGAUAUGUGUGUGAACUGGGCGGUGUGUGUACGCUGUGACAUUGCCAUUGAUCCAGCUUAGCAAGCUGCUCAGCGAUGCAGGGGACUGACAAGGAUUUCAUUCAAGUGUUCUUGACACACAAACACACAAGUCUUUGUCUGUCUUUGUAUGUUUCCACAAAAGCAGUUUUUUAUGCUUUAUUCGUGCAGUCUCACGUUCUCUUUGAGUCUUUUCUCCUCUGAAUGAUGAGAAGUAGUUUGAAAUGACUGGUGUUAGACAAUAAUAGACAAAAUGUUUAUUAUUAGGCUGUGCAUUUUCCUCAUAAAUGAUGUUUUCAGCACUUGUGCUGAAGUGAGGGUUCCUGUACACCUGCUAUUUUUUCUUCGUUACUUAUAUUUUAGAGAAUUUUUCUAAAAUGUGAUGCACAGGAGGUAGCAAUACAUUUAAUUUCCUCCAUAUUUUGUACAGUUGAUGUUGUUUGUCAGGAAUUGACUUGUAGGGUGUUUUGGAAUCAGACAUUUUUGCCGUCUUUGUCCCUUUGGUACCAAAGUUGACCCUUGGAGGCUGUAAAGGAGGGACGGGUGCUUGCCUGAUUAGCAGUAUCAUCCAUUGUUCACCUAAGCUAUAAUAGUAAUAUUAAUAGUAAUAGAGGUAUAUCAAAAGAGGCAUCAGGAAAAGCAGCCCGCCCCAUAUUCAUAGUAAGCAAAUGAACCCCAUGCCACAUUGAAGAUGACCUAAACUUUGAGGGCAGUGUUCAAUCAUCCUAAUAGGCUUUUUUUAUUCAAACAUCUUUUUCUAAGCUGGCCAAGGCCUUUGGAGAGGUCAAGAUUUAAGGCACCACUCCAGUACUGUCUGUAUUUUCAAGAGCUGAAUGCUACAGUCAUGUCAUGGACUUUGAUUUUCACUGAUGCAUGCAGUACAAAUACAGUACAUAGUUCUCUGGUUCUCAUCAAUCCUCUUUGUGGUCUGGAGUCUUUCUGAGGGACUUGAUUGGCUGCGAGAGAUGAUUGGAAACUAACAAAAAGUUGGGAGGAGCCAAGUUGGGGCGGGCGAUUAAACAAAAAUAUCAAACCGUAAUUUUUACGAAAUUUGGGAUAUUUUGUCUGAUGAUUUAUUGUAUUGUCUCAUCCACCAGGUAUCGAUUUUUUUUAAUUAAUUGCUAAUAUGAAGUCAAAUCUAUGAUAAUGGGAAAAUAAAAUCAGUUGUUGGUCCAGUGAGGUCGGCAGAGAUGACUUCAUAGAGCAGGAGAAAGUUCGUACAACUUUCAAGGGAUCAAAUGGGAUAGACACGACAAGAGGUUUGCAAGAAGUGCUACAUAAAAAAAAUACUGAGUAAAUAAGGCAAACAAGGGUAAGACAAAUACUUAAUCAGCUAAACAGUUGAAAAAAAUAUAUUAAUCACAAUAUAUGGUAUAGCAAUACCAACUGUAUUGCAAAAUGUUUAAAGUCACAAUAAUAUCGAAUCAUGGCCCAAGUGUCAUGAAAAUAGUUAUAAGGCCACUAGUGAUUCCCACCCAAAAAGAUGAUAUUCAAAAAAGAGAUGGAAGUCUGUGUAAAUAGCUGGAAAGAGAUAAAGAACUCAUCAGCCAAUCAAGGCUGAACAUAACCAAAAAGUAGAAUAAACCUACACAGGUUAAGUCUGCUGGGGUAGCUAGUUCACCUCUCAAUAAUCACAAUUUUAUCCUGCAUGAUUCAUACCUGACAGAAGUAAGAUUUUAAUUAAUUUGCACUUGAAUUUAUUUUUGUGUGACUAGCAUGUGAGAGUUCAUUUUUCAAACAGAGUGACACGCUGUCUUUGUCUUUACCACUUUUGCAGUACACUGCAUGUGUGUAACCAAACACUGACAGACAAAGAGUCUACUGCUACGUUACUGUUAGUGUGUCACAACACAGUAAGAACUCAUAGGGAAACUUGAAACAUAAGCCUCGUAUUUUCAUAUACAGAUAUGAACUACAGAUAUUUCAGAAUUUGCGGUUCAUGGACACGUCCUAAUCCCAGCUCUGUUAUUGUGCUAUCACACACCUUUAGAGUUGAGCCUCAGGUGCAGGAGCCUGUGCUGCUCUCCAAACCUUGACCCCAGACAUAAUGUGAAUGCAAAUGAGCACUGGAGCCAAAGACAGAAGUUUAUGAAAAUGUCUCCAGCAAUUGAUUCACAGAUAAUUUUAUAACACACUCUGUCACAAAGAGACUUUUUAUUACAGUGAUAUUUCGGCAGCAGCAGCAGAGGGUCAUUCAGCUCUUUAAAUACCACUUGUUUUCAGCUUAACACAUUUGUUUUCUCUGAAUAUGAUGCUAAUGACUAAUAAGUGUGUGGGGUGGGUGUGACUGUGGGCAGCCAUGACUGAACAUCUGAUCAUGAUGUGUUUGCCCACUCCAUACAUACAUUAUGUGCUUUCUCCUUUGCUUGUUUUCUUCUAGUAUGAACAUGCUACAUGUCUGGAGAGUCAAAGAUAAUACGCCUCAGCAAAAAUACGGUUUGUUCAGUUAAAAAAACAGCUGAUUAACCUAAUAAAAUACUUACUGUUUUCUAUGUCAUCCUUCAGCUUUGUAAAAAAAAAAUUGGUUCUGAAUAGCUGUGCCAAGAGUCUUAGAGUUGAGCCCUGUUUUUAUUUCUCUUGCAGGAAAGCCCUGCCAUCCUCUCCGACCAUAAACUGAUCACCAGUUAGGCAGAGUUAUUUGUUGUUGAUAGCUGUGCCAAAGCAAUAACCAUAUCAGAUGCUGCUCCCUGAAAAUAAAAACACACUCUGUUUUCUUUCUCUGUCACACAAACACACUCAAGCUGCAUGAAAUGCUGAAAGCAUGUGUGGCAACAACUCCCUCAAUUCUGAUAUCAGAUAACCCUGAGAAACCAAAUGCUUUGGGUGUAAACUCACGCUUGACUGGCAGGCUAAAAUAGUUAGAUGGGUGAAACUUAUUCAAAUACCCUGCAUGCACAUGUUUCGCUUCAAGGCAGUGCUUGGUGUGAGUGUUAAAUGGUUGAGGAAGCUGAUCUGCUUUGCAUAAGUUCAUAGUGUGGGAGCUACUCAAGCAGUGCUUCAUGUUAUCAGUGUGUGAGAAAGUAGUGAAAUUUUAAAAGACACUAAUUCAAACAGAAGUGAGUGCAAAACAGCCAAAAGUGUGACCGUCUAGUAACCGAUAGGGUUUAAAAUCCAGGCAGUAAAGUGGGCCGCAAAUACUGCAGUUCCACAAAUGACCACUUGAGCGAAUCAAUUCCAUGUACUGUGCUCAGGUGGAAGUAGUCACUGACAUGUCAUUGCUGGUAAUAUUGUGGCAGCUCUAUGGGCAUAAAGGUCAGGUUUGUUGAUUAAAAGUGUGGACUGGAGAGGAACGGGCGUUUGGCAAACUCUUGGUCAUCAAAAUUAUUCAAGCCAAGGUCAGAUGAUACAAGACCUGCUGCUCAUGCUGGCAGUCUGAAGGGUCUGAUCUGUUGGCAUGCACCCCAAAUUGACAUCAAGCCAUUUUACCGUCAGCCAUCGUGCAUCUAGUCUGACCUACUGCAAGCCUGUUUGACUGGACUCCCUUUGUUAAAAUGCUCAACUUUUGAUGGACUUCUCUACAGCCUCAUUUCCAAAUAUAUGAAAAAUAGAAAGAAACAGGGAUAUUCUGUCGCAGCUACUCUUUACUUAGUCUCAGAAUCUGCGGAAAAUGUCACUUUGGUUUGGACUCUGUGGAGGGCAUUAGCAGAGCUUUGCACCACCAGCCUUCAGCAUCCCUAUGCAUGUAGUGGUUACAAAAUGUAGCUCUGAUGCUGUCUACAUACACCGUUUCUAAAUCAAAAUACUGCCAAACUCUGCUGCUCCAAUAGAUGCUUUCUGUGCUUGUUUGCAUACAGGUAAUUUCAAUAUAAAAACUAUCAGUUUUGUCACUGACAGUACUCUUUGCUGUAGUUACAUACUCUAAGAUGCUCUGUGUAAACAAUGUUUGUCUUUCUAGUCAAAAAAAUUGAAAAUAAUGUGCAUUUCUGGAGCUUUCAGGUGUAAAACAUGUAGAAGAAAAUGUUUAUCUUCCAAAUGAUCUCACUUAGCGUGAGUACAGAUUCAAAUGUCUCAUACUAAACUCUCGUCUCAUCUGAGUAUAAUUAAGACAUGAUUUUUAUGAGCAGCCAGCAUUUCUAAAUACUCAGUGUCCUGCAGCAGUAACUUUAAAAAAGACUUCAGCUGUUUGAUGGAGGCUGCCCAACAAUAACUCACUAGAGUGUUCGGUGUAGCCGAGGCCCAGAGCCAGCUUCUUGCCAAAAUAUAUUUUCUUCCCACAGUUAUUCCUCGUCGUAAUUUUCCUGUGGAGUUCAUGAAGUGAAGCUGUUUAAUUUGAGACUCCUCAAGAGCCAACAUUUUUUUCUAUGCAGUCCGCUGGCUCUGAGCCUGUUCAUUGAGAAUCUGUCCCACAGCUCGUGUAUGUUUGAAAAGCAAGAAAGCUGCACUCAGGCCUCUUCUGGAUGUCUCUAACUCUUCUGGAUGUCUCUAACUCUGUCAAUACUCAAACCUAAAACUAAAGGAAGUUGGAUUUUGAUCUUUGAUUGUGCUGCUGAUACCUUACAAUGUAAACAAGGUGGGCUUUUUUUAUUGGGUGUGCAUGAGCCUUGUGGUGCUCAAGCAGACACUGCGAUUUUUGCUUUGGCUGCAUUUCUCAAGGCUGAAGUUUCCGCCUUACUUUAAUUAAACACAGCCUAUGUAAGACUUAGCCUCAAAAUUUAUCCAACCUGUGCCUGUGGUUCCUCAAGCUGCUCAGUCAGCUGUGCUCGUUUACAUCCGGGUAGAGCUUGACCAUAGACAAGCAUUAAUCAGAGGUACUGCCCCAGGAAGUUUAGAUUUCUGGCCAACUAUAACAAAACAAUAUUGGUAAUUUAUUGAAUAAAUAAGUAAUUCUGAUUAGAGUGUUGAGCUAUUUCAAUAUCUGUGUGUGUAAAAUACUUUGUGAGUAAUAAAUACUGAUCAGCUGAAGUAAGCUAUGGCUAACACAUGCGGCAGCUCAGCUCACAGCCACCACCCCCCCAAACAAGUAACAUCAGAACAACUCUGUAUAAGAUCUGCAUCAUUAAGAAACUCUUUGUAUCAGAGCUACUGAGGACUUUGUGCAUUUACAAUUUUGAUUUUCCACACAGAUUGAGAUUCACAGCGCGUGUGUUUGAAGCCUUUUGAUUUUCAAUUGGAACAAAUUACACAGAGAGCAGUCUGUGAAAUUAAACAGUGGAAUUCACACUUCACCUUAAUUGAACACUGUCUGCACUUAUUGGACUCAGAGGCCCUGGCUCCUUUCUCCUGGCCCUUUUCCCUCUUUUUGAAAAGCCUCAAAAAGAAGAGGAGGUGUGUGCGUGUGCAUGUUUGUGUGUGUGUAUGCAUGUGUAUAUGUGUGUGUGUUGUAGAGAGUAGCAGGAAAGACACAGUGAAUGUUUGCGUGGAUGUGUGUAAGCAUACAUACACAGACGCACAAGCACAGAUGGCAGCUGCUCAGCGAGGCCUCUGAGUGGUAAUUACUGAGUGUGAGGCGCAUUACUUAACUCUUAGCGUUGCAGUCGGCAGGGUUUCUGUAUUGUUGUUUCUGGUGGAGACGAGGGUUGAUUUUAAAGAGACAGGCUGGUUCAGGUUAUGGGUAAAAAAAAACAAAGAAAUCUUCCUGGAAUGAAACUUUAAGUCAUAACUCACCCGCUUUUGUGAAAGUUGUUAAGAAUUUUUGAAGUUUCCAGAGGAAGCCUGAAAUGCACUUUUGAAGAUAUGAGGAAUGAUGCAGUUUAAAAGUGCAAAACAGCAGUUUUUGCUCUUUUUUCUGCUUAAGUAACUAUUCCUAUUGACAAGUAAAUCAUCUACUAACAUCCCCAUUAACAUACAGCUGUAGAUACAGCCCUGCCAAGCGCUGGCUUGUGCGUUUGUCUGGAAAGCCCAGUGCUAACUUUCUACGGGUGGAGUUCUACACUCAUGAAAAACAAAGAUAAUACUUUUUUUUUACAGAUGCACUCCUGAAAAUGUCUUUAAAAAAUGAGAAGGGUCAGCUAUUGUUGCUUUCACACACUUGUAACAAGAGGAAGUUGAAGCUGCAUUUGAUAACUUAUUUUUACCUUUGUAUCAACUUCAUGCAGAAUUAAGCUUCAGGUGGGGGGAAGAUGCCUGUGAACAGAAAAGAAGUUAGCUUGGUGGUGUGUAAAAUUUCAGCAGGUUACAUGAACAUCAGCACUAGGUGUGUCCCGAUCAAACUUUUUUACUUCUGAUAUGAUGCUGAUACUGGAGUCUUAAGUAUUGGCCGAUACCUGUACCGUUCCGAUAUUGGCACAACCUUGUGCAUGACAAGUUUUGGACUCAGCUGCGAUAUUGGAGAUUAUAUCUGCUGAUAUCGGACCGAUAUCUGAUAUUAAUAUCAGAUCGGAACAUCCCUAAUCAGCACUAACUCCUAAUGCAAGUCUGGCUAAAAUUGAGGUGAAAAAUGAGUUCAGUGCAUGCAGCCAGGGACUCGUAUACAGAAUUGUUCAAGGAAGGCUCCUUAAACUUGCAAAAAAUCUACUCAUUAAUGAGUGGCGUGAUAUAGUGCUUUUGUUUGCAGUAGUUUUAAAGCUGAUCAAGCUGAGCUGCAUUUCCUAGCUAAGUUUUUCCCAGCCAAGCAAACUACGUUAAUUUAAGAUCCAGCAAAGAUGAUAGCUGAAUGGUUUCUUGUCCAAAGUUUUCAAAGCAUUUGCACUUUGAGUACUACAAAAUUAUAAAACAGCAUAAAAUACCAGUUAGAUUUCAAGACAGAGAAUAUUAUGAGUAUAAAAUCAUGUCAAUGUGAGAAUAGAGUCGUGGUAAAGUUCCCAAGUUAUAAGACUCAAAUCAUUAUGUUUCUUAAAUAUUGUCCUAAUACUUUGUCUGGUUAUUGUCAUUUUAAUAAGACACAGAGAAAUUUCUGUGCAGUUUAAGGGGAUGGUAGUUGUGGAAGAAUUUGGGGUGUUACACUUAAUACACAGUCUGCAAUAACAAUGCUGUCAUGCUGCAGUGAUUCUGCAAUAAUUGGUAAAUUGCACUGCAGUUUUGUUCUGGUACAUCAUGAUCUGUGACGAGGUCAUGGAGACAAAAUGUUUCUAAAAUAAUAAAAAAAAAUUAAAGAAAUUGGUCCACAUGGAUUAAAUCAUUUUAAUGUUUGAGGUUAGACUUUCUCAUUUCAUGAACUUUUGAAUCUUCAUAGCUGAUCCUGGGUCAAGUUCAAUCAUGACUUAAAGAAACAAAAAUCAUGAAUGUUAUCAAACUAACUAUUGUCAGUGUUAAAUAUGUGAGGAACCACCAUGUUGCACAUCUAAUCUACAGUACGAACUUGAUUUCUUUCCCAGAUCUCCUACCAUGGCAGCGGAGAGGGAGGGGAGAGUGAUGACUCAGAGGGGGAGAACCAGGAGCUUGCACAGAUUGACAGAGGUGAGUCCCCCCUGAGACCACCAAUGAUGGUGGGCCUCGACACUUAUUGAUUCUCACGCACUGUAAUCAGAUGUUUCCAGUCGACAGAUGGCUGCUGAUGAGAGCACUUGCACUUUUCUUGUUGUAACUUUGUCUUCACCUUCGUGUCUGAUCUGGUUUCCUGGUUAUUGACUUCUGUAGAGAGACGGAGAAAUUGUGCCCUCACCCCCUUGGCCACCAGCCAGCAGCACAACCAGGGUCCCCUCUCUCCAGCUCGGUUACGUCGCCUCCGCCUCCUUUUAGAUGCCAAUCUGGACCGCCACUCUUCAGAGGAGGAGCUGGAGCGGAUCAGCUGUGGUGACAACAGAAAGUGGGUGUCAGCUCUUCCCCAGCGGCACGGUGACCACCACAGCAGCGCCUCCAGUGACGAGGAGGUGCGGGACCUCUGUGGCUGUGGGUCGCCUGUUGCGUCAGCCAGGCCGCUGAUUGAGCCUGGUGCUUGCUUGGCUGCCUCCCCCAGCCCUGUGCUCUUCAGCUCCAGUCCACCACGUAGCCUCAAGCCGCCCCCCAUGAGGUUUCAGCUUCAGGUGGUGCAGCCAGUCACACGGCCCAUCAUUUUAACCCAUUUUGACCAGUCAGCACCUUACAGAAAGUAUCGGCACAGUUACAGCGGAGAGCCUGGGAGGCCCAGUCUGGACUUAGAGAAAAUGCAACAGGUUAGUGGUCCAAGCCUUGUCAAAUACCUCAAGAGCUCUUUCUUUGUGGAAGAAACCUGAGCCAAAAUGCUGUCUGAGUUAAAGGAUUAUCUGUCAGGCAGAUUAUCACAAUUUUGGUGAACUUAAUGUUCAGUUUUCUAUUGUGUAAAAAAAUUCAGCUGCAGCCAGAAAUGAAAUGAACACUGCAGUGUGUCAAAGUUACCCACUGCAUUUGUUUUUGUAUAACAUCAUUUACCAUGAGACUCACCAACAUAAAAACAGACCAUACACAGUCAUACAUUGUGCAAUACACAAUGAAAUGUGUGAAGUAUCUGCCUAACUGAGGUAUGUACACAUUUUCAUUAUGGAGAGUGACUUAAAAACACAAAAACUUUCAGAGUAGAAAAAACUGUGAGAAAAGAUAUCGACAUCAAGCUUAUUUCUUUCACUUUAUAACCUGGGACUAUUGGGAGGUGUCAAAUUGAUCAAAAUGAUGUUAGAAUUGAUAUUUAAGACUGGCCGGUUACUGUUUUAGUAACAAUAUGCUGUUGUUAAGGAUGGAAAAAUUAUUUUAAGUAAAAGUACAUGUCAGUGGAAGUGAAGGUACAGAGCUCAAAUCUAACUUAUUCUAAUCUAACCUUAUUAUCACUCAUCAGCAGUAUCACUGAUGCAACUGCCUGCAGUGUCUGCAAACAUUACUGUCUUCAUCAACCACGUGGACAGUCUACCUCUGAUAUCAAGUGUUAUAUCUACUCCAGUAGGGUGCUUAGUCAGCAGAUGCCAAAUGGACUAAAAUGGCUUCAGUGUAGUUCUGGGGCCAAGAUAUAGGACCAAAGUGAAGGUGAUAUUUUUCCCCAUUGUCAAUAUUUUUAAAAUGUGUCCAAUUCAAAAGCAAAGAUCCCUUGAAGGUCUGUCACAGUGUACCAGUAUAGAUGACAAUCAUCUUUUCAUGCUGCAGGCCGCAUGCCAUAAAAUAGAGGAUAGAAGAAGUAACAUUCCGAAGCAAAGCCCUUAGAAAUCUACUCAGGCAAAUUAAUAACUUUUAUAACACAUUAGUCGAUUGUGCACAAAGAAAAACUGUAGCUGGAUUAAGUGUUGCAUGAUGAUACCUGUGGAGUCAUAAUGGUUAAAGCUCUGAAGUUCUUACAGCUGUAAAUGUGGUGAGCUUAGACGCUGGAGUAAUUGGAAUUACUUAGGGGAAGUUACAGGACACUUUACUGGUCCUUUGGUUGCUCCUCAGUUAAAGCAGAGUCUGUUCUUCUCUCCAGAAUGACCCUAACAUUACUGUUUCAUAACAUGUUAAAGUACAUCACACUUAUUCUCUUUGUAUUUGGAUAAGUUAUGAUGUGAUUUGAUUUAGGAUUUGUCUGCAGCAGUAUUCGUAUUUAUUAGUACCAAAUAGCAGAUGAGCCUCACACUCCCCCCACCUUAAAAAAAACUCAAUGAGGCAGAGGAUUUGAUCCAAAAAUACAAUCAUGUCCCUGCAGUCUAACUGACUAUCCUGCACACACUCUGAAACGUGCACGCUCGCACGAGCAAACAAAGUCUUCCUCUCCAUAGCCGGACGCUCGCCACCUCGGUGGUCUGGCUGGAGAGAGAUGAAGGAGAGGGAGGCACGGACGGCAGAUGUCCGCCCUCGUUUCUGACAAAGGCUGGCAAGCGAGGGGAAACGAUGGAGGGGUGGAGGCAGAAGGAGAGGAUUAAAUAAACAACAGAAAAACGACAGCCACUAAUGAGUCAUGGAGAAGCUGGUCCACUAAUCAUUAAAAUCCAAUAGACUUGUUGGCCCACACUAUGGAUGGGAAAGGGUGUGUGUGUUAUCUAUGUGUGUGUGUGUGUGAGUGUGUGUGUGUGUGAUUGCAGAGAGAGGAGCUGCAGGUUUCAGGGGUCCAUAUGUCCAUGGGGUUUUUAGAGGGAAAGAACAGAUGAUGAGAGACAGCGGGCAGCGAUGAGAGGGGUGAGGAGAAAAAAUAGUGGAGGAGAGAGCGUGUGUGUGUGUGUGUGUGUGUGUGUGUGUGUGUGUGUGUGUGUGUGUGUGUGUGCGGCUGGGGUACGCGUCCAUCAUCCUGCCUGUCUUUUUGUGUCUGCAUGUGUGCAUCCUCCUGUCUGUGAGUUUGUUGCUGUAUGAGUGUGUGUGUGUGUGUGUGUGUGUGUGUGUGUGUGUGUGUGUGUGUGUGUGUGUGUGUGUGUGUGUGUGUGUGUGUGCACUCAGUCAAGUGGAAUGGGAGGUGCUGUAGGGAAUACAAUAGGGGGCCUACAGAGGUAGUCUGCAGACACAGCUCUCGUCUCCUAUUAACCCUUAGCUGGACAACUUCCAUUCAUGAAGUCUGCCUCAACCCCGAAACCAUCAGCAUGUAAUGUCUUUCACACGUGUUGUUCUGGAGUUUACAUCCCAUAAAGAAAUAUGUCUGUGCUGGUCCUCUGAAGGGAUAUUCAAAGGUGUUGAAAUCAGAUCUCACUGUUUUGGAGACCAAUGCAGGCUUAAAAGGAACAACACAGUGAAACCAAGAGCAGUAUCUUGGAUUUCUGUUUGUUAGAAUAAAAGUUAUUCACUCUUAAAGGUGCAGUGAGUAGAAGUGCAGUGAGUGCAUCUAGAAAAUGGGAUACUGACAAGCUAGUAAUAAAAGCAGUUUUGUGUCAAGUGAGUGGCUUUGCAAAAUGCAAAAAUUGCGCCACUUUAGGGAUGAAGAAGUGUAAGAAAGUGUCUGUUUUUGAUGGUAAGAACUCAAAAACGUCUUGUCUUUGAAGAAAGUGUUUCAUCAGGAUGACCGAAGUGUUGAUUUGCCUUGCCUACAUUAAUAAAAAGGAGAUAAAUAUUCUUCCUAAUUUAUGAAUACAUCUUCUGUUUAAAGAAAAGUCAAAACUUGGAUUAAAACAACACUGAUCCUGUCUCAAGUGAGUGAGUGUCAUUCAGGUCUACGGAUUCCCUGUGUGACCUACAUUAGAUUGAUGUUAUGUCUCACAAUUAUCCCCAAGAAGGGGUAAAAAGGUUUGAGGUUGUUUUCUUUUAGUCUCUCUCAUGAAUAUAAAUGCUCAGAUGAGGCAGUGUGGCUCUUUUUAGCUUGACUUUUUUAACAGAACAGUUUGUGAGGCAGAUAUGAUGAUAAUAAUAAUAACUUUAUUUAUAUAGCACUUUAAAAAACAAGAGUUUACAAAGUGCUUUAACAUGCAGGAAAACAAAGAAAGAUAAAAACAUCGGAACAACAACAAGAGAGCACUUGGGGUGGAAAAAAAACAUGACAAGACUAAAAACCCAGACUACAUGUCCUAAUCUGACAUUAUUGACAAUAAAGAAAUAAAAUAAAAAUAAAAAUCAGUGGAAGACAUAAAAGCUUGUCGUGAGUGUCACAUGAAAUGAGACGUCAUUAAAAUGAAGACAUUAAAAACAAAGACAUCAUAAGAACCCGUGAUAACCCGCCAACACAGGAACCCAACCACAAAAACCUGAGACCAAAAAAACAAAGUUUUACCCCUCUGUGUACAAACCUGUUCAUUGUGAUGUCCCUAGUUUGAUUCCUUUCUUAUAUCAGGCUUCAAAACUUAAAGUACGACUUGUUUUGAACAUGUCUAUGCCUUUAAUCAAACAGGUUAGACUUAUAACUGGUAACGGUUGAUUAUCGGUACCAAUAGUUGGCAUUUGACCGAUUAUCUGUUUCAGCCUUUAGUUUCAUAGAUGGAUGAUAAAAUGGAUCAUUAAAAAAGUGCACUUCUUUGUUCUCCACAGUUGGUGUGUCUUUCCCCCUGGGUGUGUUUUAUUGCACCACUUUGUCACAUGUAAUGUCCCGCCCACAACAUCAUCUGAUGGCUAGACCUCACACAGCCAUAUGAUGAAACUGCACUGCUGGUGAAACUGGUUGUCUGUUGACUCCUGUAUCAGGUGGUGAAAGUUUCAGCUCUGUUUAAACAUUUGCCAAAAGUAUUACAUGAAUUGGAGUUUUUCAUGUUCCAAAUUUUUAAUUUUGAUGGAAGGAUUUUCAUUUUUGGAGUCAAGGCGUGUCGGUCCCAGAUAUUGAUCAUCAGUCUCAUGAUCCCUUAUUUAGGCCUCAAUGAAACAAUACCGAUCAACCUCUACCAUGAAUAUUAAAUAUUGAAAGUUCAGCUUAUUGUAAACGAGAGCUGAGCUUAAUUUUAAAAAAAUCUCAGUUGUAGUAUAAAUAUAUGACUGUGACAUUUGGCCCACAUUAUUUUUUUUCUUUGAAAGAUUUUAAGAAAUAUGGCAAUAUUCUUAAAAUUAAUUAUUUCGGCUUUAUUCUCUUAACAGUGUGACUUUAUCAUAGCUUUGUUCUCAUAGUUACACUGAACAAAAAUAUAGAUGCAAAUAUAAACACAACUCUUUUGUUUUUGCUCCUGUUUUUCAUGAGCUAAACUUAAAUCUAAGACUUUUUCUCUGUACACAAAAGACCUAUUUCUCUUAUAUAUUGUUGACAAAUUGUCUAAAUGUGUGUUAGUGAACACUUCUCCUUUGCUGAGAUAAUCCAUUUACCUCACAGGUGUGGCAUAUCAAGAUGCUGAUUAGACAGCAUGAUUAUUGCACAGGUGUGCCUUAGACUGGCCACAAUAAGAGUUAAGCUCAAUAAAAAUGGGAGCAAAAACAAAGGUGUUGGGUUUAUACUUUUGUUCAGUGUAUAUCUCAAAACAUUUUUGUUCAACGUUUUCUUGGAACACAAUCGCUUUUAUCUUUAAAUCUCAAUUUUAUUCUUAUGUGGUCAUAAUACUCCAUCAUGAAUAGACUGCUGUGUACUCAUUUAUUUGUAAUUGAUUAACUUUAAUUUGACCAGAAAUGCUUCCAUUUUAAGGAAGUUUUGGCCUAGUCAGCAGCAAAAAUAGUUUCACAUGCAAAACAAAACAACAGACAAACUUCAGCAUCUAAAAAGAGUGUAAAUACUGAGACAUUAACAAUAAAGACAUUAGCUUUUACCAAGAACUGUCUUGUUAUCCCGCGUACAUGAUUUAAGGAUUAUUUUUGUUUUUCAGCGUGUGCUGUCACAUGAGGUGGAACAAAGUUUUGCCCUCAGGUCCCUGUUAAAGCAAAAUAAGGAUGCAUGUGAGAAAAACAACAACAAACAAAGCCAUUAAAAAAGCAAGAUUAGACAAACACAACAGCAUUAUACACUGGAAAGUAGUAUAAUUAACUAAAACUACGACAGCUAACUUCAUUUAAGCAUGAGCCAGCAUGCUCUUAACCUGCUAAAAUAAAACACUUCUCAGAGUAUCAUUGAGAAAACGUACUCUUUUCACUAAACUCAGACAAAAGAGUUAGCCUGCUGGCAAGUCAGGACCUGUUGGAUGUGAGUGUGUGUGGUUUAGGAGGAGAGGGGAGUUUGGUAGGGCUUUAGGAUGAAAGAUAAACUUUAUUCAUCGUAAUAAAUAGUAUAAAAUGCUCCUAAAGAAGAGUUAAGUGGGUUAAGACAUGCCAAGCAGUGUUUAAAAUCAUUUAAGAUGAGUCACUUCAUAAACAAACAGAUUAAAAAAAAAAGUUAUGUGAGGCUGGGUUACAAAAGCAAAACUGCGUUUCUCGUGAAGUGUCCAGUUUUUUUGCAGCCACAUAGACCGCAGUAUCACAGAUGAGAAAGAAAAGAUAAGAGCCAGCAGGAGGUGAGCAUUAGGGCAAGUGCACCCCAGCUCUGCCUCAUCACAGCAGCAGGAGUCUUGUGUUUCCUUUCUUUCCUGUGCUCCCUUCCCCCUUAGAAAGCUACCUCCCCGACUCCAGACAAUUCCAUGAUUGUGUGGUCCCUCCACCCCCACUGUUUUUUUUUUUUUUUUUCAGAAUAGUGGAGUUGCGUGGACAUGGAGGGGAGUGGGAGACAGGAUAUUGCAUAAGCCUCAUUGACCGACUGUUUAGUUUAGUGAGACAGCUGGAUUGGUCUCACUUCCUCUUGGUUUUUGUCACGUCAGAUUUUGCUGCUGUAAUCCCAGACCAACUGUUUUAAAAUAGACACAUUUUAGAGAUGUUUGCAGUGAAUGUAUCCUGAUUAAAAUGCACUUAAGUACCUUCUCUAUUUAGCCUGUAAAAUUUAGCAGAUUGUACAAGAUGCAGUGCACACAUUUCACUACAAUCAACAUUUACAUAUUCUGAAUCUGCAGGAAACACAUUGACAAUAAGAAAAUGACACUCAAAUGCAAUUACAAAACAGCUUUUGUGGCCUCAAAAAACAAACAAUGCACUUUAAAACAAUGAAAUUCUGAACAUAGCAAGCUGAAGCUGCAGGAACUGAUAGCUCAAUUGAUAAAGAUUAUUUAUAAAACCUUGAAAAAUUUUCCAAAUGUGCAGGGAAUGCAACUCAUACUCCAUGUUUUGCCUGUCAUUGUCAUACAUUUUCCAUAGCUGUCGAUGUGUAUUUCAUUGUGCAUCAUCACCCCUUUCUCCACAGAAAAUGCUGCUGAAAAAGAACUGUGGAGGGAAAACACGGACUAUAAAGAUUCGGGUGAGUUCAUUUUCACUCCAGUUUCCACAGUUAACAGUCCAAUCCCCCAUGUUUGAUUCUGGUUUAGGAGUGCACACGUUUCAUUAUAUGUCAAAAAGAAAAGUUGGUUUAACUAUAAUCCACUUACACAGAUGUGUGCAGAAAGCCAUGCCUUAUAUGGAGACCUGUGAUAGGGGUUGUAGUAGAUCAGGCUGCUCAUUACAGCAGCGAUAAGGUUGCAGGGUUGCUCGGCCUCCCAUGAACAGCCCGGUCUGUCCCAUCGCCAGCACCUUGAUGUCUAUCCAACUGCACACUGGGACAGCAUCUGGCUACAGCAUUUGUUCCCAAGCUCUGCUAGCAACAGUUCCUGAGAUGCCUGAGAAUCUGACAAAACUGUGUGUAAAUGGAGGAUAUGGAAAAAGGCUUUCAGUUAUUUUAUCGGUAUCUUUAUCCGAACAUUUUCAUGAUACUGCUGCCUGUUUGAUAAGAUAUUUAAGAAAACAAUUAGUGAUGCAGUUUCACUUUUCUGUAUCUUUAAACUUUAGCAGGCUUAGGCAAAUGGAGGCUGUUUUUUUAGCUUGUUUUUUUUCCAUGUCCUCAUGAUAAUGACCGCAUUGAUUUUUAUCCUGUCAAAGGCGCAGUCGAUGUUCUCUAAGAUGAAAAGUGGGGGACUUCUCCAAAUAUAUAAAGGAUAACAGUGCUAUUAAUAAUGACUACAGACUUUUCUUUUAUGUUCUGCCAUCAACACUGAAUUUUCAAGUUUUCACUAUUUGUUGGAUUUUCUUUUGGGUGGUGUCGUGUAUCCCUUUUACAGAUAUUUCGAUUGUAGCAGAGAGUGGGCAGGGAGUGUCUUACUUGGCAAAUUUGUACUUGCACACGCGCAUGACAAGACUAGGUCUUGACUAGGUGCAGGACUCGAUCAGGCUUGGUGCUGUUGGAGUAAGUUUGGGUCAAAGAGUCAAAGCUAAAAGAUUUCAGAGAUAUGGUAGGCUUGGUUUACAUUGGAGGGGUUAUCUAAAAGAAGGCGACUUGAUACAGUUUGAAAGAGCUGAACCGUGUGAGUUUGAAUGUGAGGCUCACAGGCUGAAAACUGCAGGACAAAUGAUUGUUUUUAAGUUUGAAACCACUUCAAAUAUUGAGAAUCAUCAUGUCUUAAGUUUGUCCUUCUUGUUAUUAUAUUCAUCAUGAUCCUCCAAGGGACUUUCGUGUUGUCCAGCCAUUGCAGCAUCAUAGUGCGACUGCAGAUCAUUAUUGACUGCAGAAAAAUGUGGCCCCCCCACACACCACUUUUUUUUGUUUGCAUUUUUUAUCUCCCUCAACAACUUCAAACAGCCGAGCUUUCCUCUCGUCCCAUUAGUCCACAUUUACUCACCUAAAUAGCUCACACAAGGUAUUUUCCCAAGACCAUGUCCUGUCUGAUCUCCCUGUAAGGUGGUUUUUCAAAACGCCGUCUCCAGUAAUCAUCCUCCAGCUCACUCAGGCUCUGGUAACUGUGUACGGGGUGAUUCUGUUUGUAGUGGUUAAGGGAAGCAUGUUGGAGAGGCGGCUGGAACAAGCCUGGGCAUCUUGGCACGGAGCAUUAUACUCCAGAAGGAUGCACAGUGUGGUGAGAAAAGUGACGUUAUUAUCACGUUGUGUGGGCUAAGUGUCAGUGGAACCUGAUCGCACUCUUGUUUAUGUACACACACACACACACACACACACACACUAACUGCAGCAGCCUGUAAGUUUGCUUCAGCUCUCCAUAUAGGUAUGCAUCAUUGGUAUAAAUGCAGAAAAAAAAAAAAAAAACUGUGAACAAUCUUUGAGAGUAGUUUAGGACGAACGAGUGAGCUGUGAUGAGCGAUGGAGCUGAAGAGGAGGAAGAGGAGGUGGAGUGUUGUGAGCGGUUCCCUUGUGGUGUAUUUCCAGGGAUGAAGUCAUUUUCCGUUUAUAGCCUCGGCCGGCUGCUAUCUGUUCAACUCCGCUGAUACAUAGAGAUAUUGCUCAUUAUCCUCUGUCCUCGCUGGCGUAGUUGGUAGUGUUGUUGUCCCUGUCUGUGACGUCUGUGGGUUUUGAGAGUUUUCCAGCUCAGAGAGAGUUCCUGAAGCGAGUACACAGCGAGUUUGAGGAUUGAUGAGCCAUUUGGAGGCUUGUGUCCACUCUUUGAGCCACUCACACUAUGCCGCCAUCUAUCCAAAUCUUUCUCUGUUCCCUCUUUCACUCUCAGCUCCUCAGUUUCCUGGCCAGGGUCCAGAAGAGACACUGGAUCUGGAUGAGGGCCCCAGCUCUGAGCCUUGAUUCAAGCUUGAGAGUUGUUACAGGAGUUGGGGAGGUCGGUGAUCUCAGUUGUGUGUGUAUGUUGAAGCAGUAGGAAAACACAGCUUUGGCCUCUGCGGAGGCCUCCCUCCUCUCCUCAUGGGUCUGGGGGUGAAAGGAGAGUGGGGGUGGUGGAGUGAUGAGAGCUCCCCAGGCUGCAGCAGGCACAGAGUGAUGGCAUCUGGUUUCAGCCACUGUAAAAGAAUAGGCAGAGAAAAGAUGAAGAUUGAUCGAGGUGAAGGAGAGGGUGCAGUUAUGGAGGGCUGGGAAAGAUGGAAAUGAAGGAAAAAGCACAAGUUCCUCUUUGACUCCGUUUGAACCCAACAAAACUGGCAAUAAAUAUUUGGAGGAUGAGCUCAUUUGCUUUUAAUGCAAAGUAGGAUGAGGAUACUGUUAUAACCCUGGUGUCGUACUGUUAAAUAUGACACUGACAAAUAGACUAAAAGGACUGAACCCGACUCAAAGCACCUUGACACUGGACAACGCAUUCACACCACAGUCAUACACUGACAGUGGAGGCUGCUCAGAGCCCAUCAGCAUUAGAUAUUCAGAUUCCCAGUCUCAUGGAUUCACACACCACUGGAAGCAAUUUUGAGUUCAGUGUCUUGCCCAAGGACACUUCUUGCACAGGACUGCAGGAUCAAACCAUUAACCUUCCAGAUGAAAGACAGCUGACUGGGACAUUAAUCCACAGCUGUGUACGGUUAUAAAGGAAAUUUGGAUUUCUACAAGAACAAACAGUCUUGGGCAGGUAUACAGUUGGAAUUAUUAUUCAAUGAUUGGACCUGGAUAAAAGAUGUUUUUUUAAUUUAUUGAAAUACAGCUAAAAAUAUAAGUGGGAUCAUCCUUUAAUAUUUGGGAUUUGAUAAUUUAACAUUCUAGGGUAGAUGCUGUUGAAUAUAACCAGGGGUGUCCCGAUACGAUAUUGAUAUCGGUCUGAUAUCAGCAAAAAAACGAAUAUCAGCCUAUAUCGGCCUGCAUCUAAAAUCUCCAAUAUCAGCACUCCGAUACAUGCAGUCCAUUCCAGACUCCGCUCCAGCACCUCCAUCUAGCAGAGCCCACAAAAUCACAACAACAGUGUGUACUAAGGUACUAACAAAGUAGCAAGGCGUAGGAGUGAUGUUGGCCUUGUGGCAGUAUUUUUUUGUCCGAAAAAAGACAUUGCAGCUGAGUGAAAAACUUUUGCACAAUUUUGUGCCAAUAUCGGAUCAAUAUCAGCCUCAGUUAAUAUUGAAGGCUACAAUAUCGUUAUUGUAUCGGAAGUCAAAAAGUUGUAUCAAGACACCCCCAAAUAAAACCGAACUUUUAUAACAUGGGUGCAAACAGGAGAACACUGACUUACCAUAAAAUCCACUCACUCUGUGAGACCAGCAGCAGUAACCCCCUUAAUACAACAUUUCACCAGGAAUCAUACUUGACUUUUCAACAAAAGGCCUUAUCUUGUCACUGUCAAAGUAGAAAUGUUGUCAACACUUUGUACAGUGUUUUUAAUACUACGCCUAAAUUGAAUGGUCGUCAAUCCGUGCACCGACACCUUUUUUCCUAAGAGUUAAGAAAUGCAUUUAACAGAGUGGUGUCAACCCAGUGUGGAAACUCUGCAAUCACGCCAACUGGGCCUUAAACUAAUUAUCAACAGGACCACAUUUCUGACUUGUCUCCAUCCGUCUUGAAGGGCGCUUUUGUUUAACAACUUCAGCUGGUAUCACAGUUGCUUUUGAUGUCUGCACAAACAGAGCCGUGUACUUCAGGGCCCUGUACUCUGUUUGACCCUCUGAGGCCCUAAAUGUCCAUCAUAGUGCAGAUGUGACCACAGGGAAACUCUGGGGGGGAUUACAAAACCGGACAGGGAGCCGUCCUGAUGUACGACUCCCCCUCAGUUGGACGAACUGCAGCUACCAUAUGGAGAACAUUUUAAGACAGUCCUCAUCUAUCAAGUUUGGACUGUAGUUUGUUUUCCCACCUCUGACUUGCUUCUUGUUUGUGCAAAUAUUGAUGCAUGAAACCAAGGGUAGUUUCCAGGUUUGUGGAUAAAACAGCUCUCAGCAGUGUUGGGAAUUGUUGCCGCGUUACCACAGCACAGUCGUCAGAACUGAAUCCCUCAAGAUGUUAGCUGAAGUCAUAGUAACACCUGUAGCCUCAAAUGCUUUGUUAAUGGGGCCUUCUUUCAUACGCCAUGAUGUCAGCGGGUACUUUCCAGUAGCAGCCACAAGGAUGCAUCUCUCUUAGUUCCCACAGAGGUGUUGGGUAAUGGUUGUCAAUGAGAACCUACAAGCUACUCAUAUAAACACACACUCGAGUUUUUCCAUUGGAUCAGCAUUGCCUAAUUAAAGUGAAUCCGUCUCAAGGUCUUAAUCUUUCUCAGUCCACCUUCUCACAAACUUCGCUCCCCCUCAGCAGGGCUCUGGAGAAAGUGCUGCCUCACUGCCAAGUCCAACAAAGUCAUUUCCUGUCGUUUCCUGUUGGGAGGAAAAUGACCAGGGCUAAUUUUAGACUGAGUUUCUGCCCAGAUGACAAUGAAUGUGCGUGUGGGGGGGCUGCUUUUUAAUGGGAAAAAAACUCUUAUGACACUGAAACAAACAAAGUGAAAAUGUUUUAAUGAGGUGUGGUCUCUCUCCUACAGCUGUCAGCCCCAUUUUCUCGCAGUCUUAUAACACAGCCAGACUUUAAUGCUGUUAAAGAAAGUCACCAUUGACGUGAACUGACCAAUUAUACCAUAACUCAAGGACAGCAGGUAAUCCCUGCCAUUUCCACCUGACAAAGCUGGAUUAACCCUCCGUCUGACAGGUCUGUAGCUCAGCAGGACCACUCACUGUGUUUGGCAGCUACAACUUUAAGUUAGAAGGAAAAUGGGUCAUCAUUUUAAACAUGCUCAAAGUCCCUGCACUUCUUAAAUACUCAUUUUGCUGUCCCUUUUGUCCUUGCUAUCAUUUCCAUAUAAGUAUGUUUAUAUCUUUGUAGCAUCACCUGUUUGGAAUGAGCCUUAGUGAUGUUGUCAGCUGUUAUCUUUCUGAAGUGAUGUUAUGAAGCUGCAUACUUGAAAGUCCAACUCCAACUGUCAUUCCUUGCAUCUAAAAACAAGUAUAGAGAUAAAGUCUUGCCCUGUUUUUUUCUCUAUGAAUGGGUCUUUUUAAAUGAUUAUGGAUGUGGUUUCUUACGUGUCUGCAGCCAGCCUCUAGUGGACGCUUAGGGAACUGCAGUUGUAGCAUUGCUGCAUUUUUUUGUCUAGACUGGAGUUUGCAGCUUGUUCUCAACCACAAAAAAGUUUCUUUUUCUUAUCUGGACUUUGGUAUUAGCUGAUAUCCAGUACCUCUCUGUUUCCAGUGUGAUAAAAGGAUUAUACGACCAUUAACAGGACAGCUUUUUACAUGUAAGCUAAACUACUGACCCUGCAUGGAUCUGGUAAUGAUUUCAAUUGUUGAUCAGUCUGGUUUACGACACUUUGGGGAUCUUGACUUCAAAUCAUAAACUUAAUAAAGAAGGAUGUGAUCUCAGUGAGGUUACUUAUUGGUUUCUGGAGUGGGGCCACUUUUUUGACGCAGGAGAAAGCCAGAUUUCUUACAAGAGUUCUGUUUAGCGAUUUCAACUGUUUUAAACUUUAAACAGCUUAAAUUUUUCAAUAUGAAAGAACUGGUUUCUGACAUGUUCAUGGAUGCCUUAUUCAAGAUAGUGUCACGUGAUCACUUGCCUCACACUGGUACUUUUUGGACUCCUUAACCGUACUUGACAAUAGACCAAAUUUUGUAGAAAGGUGGGUGACUUAUAAGAUGGAUUACUUUUGGUGGCGCUGGGACAACUCCAGUACUGAGACACCUCGUUGAAACUCUGACCGUUUGUCUUUGUCUUUCUGUGUCUCCAGAAUCUGACAGGCAGCCGUCCUCCGCCCAGGUACACCUAUGAUCCAUCCAUCUUCGCCUUCCGCUCUCUGAGCACAGUCCCCCCCUGCAGCCCCCUGACCCCGUCUGAGGAUCCUCCCUGCUCAUAAGAAAGACCCAUCGACUGCCAGAUAAUCUCCCCUUCCUCCUUUUGACCCCCAGAUGGCUGCUUUUUUUCCGGCUUCUGCAGCAAGACCAAGAAGUGACUGUUAGACUGCUCAAAAUGUUGUUUUUGUUUGAAGUUGGAAUUUUUGCACACUCAGGUAAUCCUGCUCUGUCACUCUUGAUUAUAGCUCUCCAUAAAAACGAAACAAAGAACUUUUGGAAAGUAAAAUUACCUGAACACCACAUUUUAAAAGGACUCUUCAGGUUUUACCUACAUGUUUCUGAAAGGGGUGCUGUGAUUGGAGGAAAAGUAAAUAAGAAACCUGGACAAAAGUUGGCUCAAAAGGGACUAGGCCAACAGGUUUUUGAGACCUGGAUUUAUUCUGUGUUGGAUCAAUAUUCAAGGGAAAAAAAAUGCAUGUAAGACAAUCAAAUGGUUCCAAGGUUUCCUUCUUUGGUGUGAUUACUGGAAAUCCUGUCAGGUUCUUGGUAACUUUAUACUCUAAACAUGGCAAGGUGAGUCAGCUGAUAUCCUGUUAUUGUGGAGAUGAACGUAGACUGUCUGGUCAAACAACUUCUUUCAAACGUGUCAUUGAAUAUGCAGGUCAUGAGGAGCUAUAACAAACAUGUAUGACAUGUAUGUAGUUGAAUAGACCUUUGAUGAUGUGUGUCUCUUUAUGAACUUGUCACUUUUAGUCCAGGUCAGAGUUAAGUUCUUGUAUCCUCUUUCCUUGCAUGAGUUCCACUGCUUUGCAGAAAGAGAGGUAUGCGGAAAUAACGAACGUUUCAGAAUAGUUUGCUGCACAUUUGGCAAGUGUAACCGGUGCUAUGGACUUCAUAGCCGACUUGUAGUGUGCCAUUUUUUUUCUUCCAAUAUUGUACCUCAUUACUUUCUAGGUAGAAGAGGACCACUGGUGUAUCAGAGACAUCCCAGUGUUUUCUAAAGAUCUCUUUAUGCCUUGAAAUCACAUUCCUGUUGCGUUGAAUGAAACUUGAGGGAGUUCUGGGCUCUUCCUAUGAGCCCAUCAGUUGAUUUAACACAAUGUCACCACUGUAACUAAGAUUUUGCUGAAGUGAAUGUAACAUUGUGACAAGUUGGAGUCCAUUGUUGCACAAAAUGAAUCAAUAAAUGCCCUGUGGCCUCUUGUUGAGGAGGUGAUUGUUAUUUCAAUCAGUCUACCGUAUAAACUGUAACACAGGUGAGCCUAGUGUGCGGGGUGUUUCACUACCUUUGACCUCUUUGUUUUGGUUUUAUGUCCCUCAUUUCUUCUCUUUGAUUCACCGCCACAACCAGAUUUCCUUGUGUGUUAGCUGUCAAAGGGGAGGUCCACAGCCAUUUCUAUUACUCAAGAUGAGUUUCGACCUGAAGAGGAAACUCGUCUUCCCUUAUGCCGUGGUGGCAACCUCCCUCCGACCAGAUAUGGUCCUCCUAUCCAGGAGCACCAAAACCAUCAUUGUGGCAGAACUUACCGUGCCCUGGGAGGAGAGGCUAGCCACGUCCCACCAUCUGAAGAAAGCCAAGUACCAGGAUCUGUUUGAAAAAGCAGCUCUAAAAGGGUGGCAGGCAACCAUUUUUCCUAUUGAGGUUGGCUGCCAUAGGUUCCAAGAAAAAUCGGUGCGCUACUUCCUCCAGAGAGUCGGUUUGGAGUCCAAACAGCUAAAGAAAGCCACCAGGGAAAAAGCUACGAAGGCAGAGUCUAGCUCAGGAAUGGUUGUGGCUGAAGAGGGCCCAAAGUUGGAACCCUUCUGCAGGCAAAGGCUAACCGGCCUCCGCAGCCCCACUUAGGCGAGGUGUACAGGUUAGGGGGUGAAACACCUGUGACCCUGUGAUACCUGCUGAUGAUGCACAAGGGUUCCCAACAAAACAGGCGAGCCAAGGAACGCUAGUAAGGAUCCAGUCUAUGUAGUCUGUAGUUAAUGCUUGUAGCUUAGCAUCUUUGAUGUUUAUCUCACUAGUCUGAUCAUUUACUGCAUCUGUUGCUUAAAACUGUGUCAAACUGUGUCAGACAGAACUAUCAAAUUUACGAUACAAUACUUCAGAGUGCUGGGUAAAAGUCAAGUCGAUUCGUAUAUCAUGGACUUUUAUUUGCUGAUCAGCUGCUUUAGGAGGAGGAAUACAAUUUUGUGAAAACAAAUGGGCUUCCUAACAACAAAGUGAGGAACAUUUUCUGAAGACAGCCAAGCCUAACUCUAAAAUUUGACUGGCCUCUAUGAAAUCCUGAACUGUGAUUGGCUAUUUGCCAUUCAACACUUAUGUUGAAAUCUGCUAUUUGGGUCGUGUUCAGUAGGUGUCCGGUAGCUUCAUUUUCUUUUGCAAGUACUUAAACUAAAUCUUGGCUGCCUCAGUGUGUAAACCAAUACCAGCCUUAGUGUUUAGGAUAGUCUUUAAUAAAAUGAAAAAUUAAAAUCAACCAGAUCCAACACAAUUGUGUUGGAUCUGGUUGAUAGUCAAGUGUCCACUCUGUUUCUCUGACUGGUAUCUCAUCCACACUUUAACCCAAACAAGCCCA